AUGGGACUCAGCUGCUUUAAGUCCUGGAAGCAAGACAGUACAGGCCACAAAGGCAACAGAGAUGUGUUGGCCAGCCCAGGCUCGUACUUCUUCCUGUCUAACAGCGCCGGUCAGGGUGACGAGUGGCUGAAGAGCCUCAACAAAGGAGUCUGGAUCCCUUUUACAGGGGUCUUUGGUCAGAGUCUGGAGGAGACGGUUUUGUAUGAGCGGCGUUAUGGGGUGCGUUUGGUUCCUCUGGUGGUGGAGCAGUGUGUGGCCUUCAUCAGGGAGCAUGGCCUGCAUGAAGUGGGUUUGUUUCGCCAGCCUGGACAGGCCAGUCUGGUUAAAGAGCUGCAGGAAGCUUUCGAUGCAGGGGAGAGACCGUCCUUCGACAGCAGCACAGACGUCCACACGGUGGCAUCACUGCUGAAGCUCUACCUCAGACAGCUGCCAGAACCUCUGGUUCCUUACAGCCGCUACCAGGACUUCCUGCUCUGCGGACAGAGGCUGAUGAGUGACCGCACACAGGGUUUGGGGGAGUUGAGGAAUCUUCUUCAUGAGUUGCCAGUUGCAAACUUCAACCUACUCAACUUCAUCUGCCAGUUUCUGAAUGAGGUCCAGAGCUACUCUGACAAUAACAAGAUGAGUGACCAAAACCUGGCUACUGUGUUUGGGCCAAACAUCCUCCGAGCCAAAGCUGAAGACCCUCAAAGCAUCAUGGGAGGUGCAGCAUUGGUCCAUGUGCUGAUGUUGGAGUUGAUCAGAGAGCAUGAGUCUCUGUUUGCCAAAGUCGCCCCACCCAUCUCCACCCGUCCACCUGGAGGUUUGCAUGCAUCCCCAAGUGCUCUGAGGCAGCCUCACCUUCGCCCGUCGCCCUGCCUUCGCCAGCUGUCUAUGCCUCUCAUUGCAGAGCGCUCCAGAGAGCCGGGACAGGCCACCACAGACCCUCAGAGCUCCAGCUGUAUCUACUCUGCUGCUGCCAAAUCAGACUCAUCCUGUGGCCAGAAGAGACUUCUUGGCCAUCGCUACACCUCCUCCCACCCAGAGAACUGCUUCUACCCCCUGCCCUCCACUAGUCAGCCCCCUCAGCACCACUCUGACAGACACAACAUAGAUUAUCACCAGCAUCAUGCUGGCCAAGGGCUAUCUGCUGCAAACGUACAAGCCUCUACAACCAGCCUCCAGCUGCAAGACAUCUCCAAACCCAGACUGAUGAUCAUGGGCUGGGCAAAGGUGUGGCCGGGCCCGGGAGAGGCAGAAGCUGGUUUCUGGAGCUCUGCUGCUGCUGCAGAUCGAGAGGGUGCGGUGCCAGAAGCAGCUAGUGGUGGCAGCAGUGAGGCUCAGGAGGACAGCACUCCUUCUGCCUAUGACAACCUGGACAGAGUGUCUUCACGUCAGAGGAUGGAGCAUGUCACCGGUGAACGUUUUGAAACCAACGAUUCAGGAGGCCAUGUUGGAACUUGUGAGGAGGAGGCAGAGCUAGAGGAGGCUGGACGGACAAGGGACUCCUCCUCUUCAUGGUCCUCCUGUGAGGUUCUACCAUUAGAUGAGAGUGGUGAGCCUGUGGACGUGGUUAGUCCUGACAUGUCGCCAAAGAAACCUCAAAGGUUACCUUCCAGUCGGGUAGCUGAAGAGGAAAGUGAUAAUGACAAUCAUGAAGCCAACAAUAACGAUGAUGAUGAUGAUGGCGUCCACCACCCUAACUCCCCAGCCUCCUGUUCUGCACUCAGUGACAGCCCUCUCAGUACAGGCAGUUCUGAGGUGUUCCUGCCCUCUGGCCCUCCAGACUUGCAAGGGCAGGAACCUCAGUUACAGUCCAGGGAGGCUCACUCAUUCCUGGCUGAGCUUCAGCAGCAGAUGGCCCAGCAGAAGGCUGAGUACCAGGCCAGGAUACAGAGGCUGGAGCGCUGUAAUGACGUCCUCGAGCGGCAGGUUGCGGUUCUCCGGGUCAGUCUGGAGCAGCAGAGGCGCAGUCAAAGUGUCGCCGAGAUCAAGAUCCGCAACAUGGAGCGGGCCAAAGCUGACGCAGACCGCCGAAACACUUCGCUGCAGAGAGAGAUGGAGCUGUUCUUCCAGAUGUACGGAGAGAUCCGAAGAAGAGGAGAUCAAGGAGGAAGAGGAGGCAGUCUCUGA